AUGUCGUCCGAUUCCUCUGCCAGCGGCACGCUGCCUUGCGGUCACUUCAGCGUCUACAAUCUCGGUGCAGACUCUCUCGAGCUUGAGCUCUUUGUCACCUCUGGCUGCAUUCCAUCGUCUCUCCGGUUUGUCAUCUAUCUCUUGAGUCUGUUCGUCUUUCUGGCGAUAUUCAUCUUUGGCAUCUACAAGAUCCGGAAGCGAUUUCAAAUGGCCCCCGGGUUCGCCAAGCAGCCAGGGUUUCCGAUUACAUGUCUGAGUCUCGGGACGUGCGCUUUCUUGAUUGUGAUCCAUGUGAUUCUGCUCUCCGGAACCGCCCUGUUCUUGAUCCCGGUGCUCUUUGGAUGCGUAUGUGUUUGUGCACAGAUGAUCGGAAGCCUUGGUCUCAUAAUGCUCGUCAAGCUGACCGAGGGCACCGGCAACAGCGUCGACAGCCCAAAGCGAACAGAGACGCGUGCUCAAAUGAUGGAUGAGCUCGGCAAGAACAUGUUCCGAAACGUCCUUGCCACCGACAUCCUGUCCCAAAUCGUCUACAUGAGUUUGUACAUAGCAAGUGCCAGUUACUACAACAGAAGAGAGCUGCAGGUUCCCCUGUUUGUCGCUGGCCUUAUUGUCAGCAACCUCAAUCUUUGCUUCCAUGUCUUUACCGUCCGGCAUUUCUUCCAAAAGUUCUUGAGCAACUUUACACCCGAGGAGCUUGCCAGCGGCACGAGCCGGCUUGCAAAGAUCGCACAAAAGAUCCGCAAGUCUGUCGACGAAGUCUUCCAGAGCUCGCUGCUCUUGCUGGUGGUCUACUUUGCCGUCGUCGCUUGGGCCCUGGCGACCCUGACUUCGACCGAGGGCAUGAAAUGGAGCAGCAUCUUCAUGAACAUCUUCAACCUGCUCUGCUUCCCGAUCGUCGCUCUCAAACCCUUGAUUGUGCACACGAGCCCGGAGCGCAAGGAAACCGCGCCCACGGCUGUUGUCGUCGGUCCUGGUCAGGUCGGCCCGGGUCCUACAGCCAAACCCAAGGACAAGUCGGCCGGGAGCAGCUCGCUUUCCAGCGAUCCCGUGAAACCCAAACAGCCGACGGGCGACAUAGCCGGCUCCACCGGCGCUUUGUCGGCAUCAGGACCUGUCAAUCCAUUCACCGAUAGCACCCUCGGUCGAAUGAAAGACCCAGGGCUCCCCGAUGAACGUGGUGGACUCUGUCCGGAUGCCUCGCUGAGACCAGAUGCCGUCGGCAAGGGAUCCACGCCCAGCGGAUUUGACUCGUCGGCGCCGACAGUAUUCUCGACAGACUCCUGA